AAGCGGGACUGAAGUGUUUAGUGCUGUCGUCACUGCUCUUGAUCGUUUGACCCUGGGAGAAAGUUCUGCCACAGGGGGAAAUAUGUGGCGGAAACCGAGGGGCUGGAACAGAGAGAAUAGGCGAGGGAUACCGCGAGCGUGAGAGCUGCGGCUCAGGCUUUGACCAUUCAGCUACUGGACGAAAUUGUGGCUGAGAGACUGGAGGCUCAGGAGGCCAGAGGAAGAUGCUGAACCCAUGGGGGCUGUUCCUCUGCCAGCUGGCAAUAAACAUGUCUUACCAUGUCAUAAAAGCCAGCCUCUGCCUGGGUGGGUCAGACAUCUUUGCGACGGUGAGCGAGAACCGACCCGUAGGAGAGUUCAUUGCGAACCUCAGCAUCGUCGGGGACCCUACAGGAGUCAAUAGCAUCCGCUUGUGCCUCACCGGAGAGAACGCCAAUUGGUUCUACCUAGAAGGGAGAACCAUCAGGCUCAACUCAUCCAUUUUAAGAGUCCUGGAUCGAGAGCGCCACGGAUCUGUUUUGAUGGCAGCAUUAACAUGUUAUGAAGACGACAUAAUACAAAGUGAAUACAGGGUCAUGGUUGAGAUCCUGAACGAAAACGAUAACAAACCAAGGUUCCUUGAGAAGACUAUACAACCGCGUUACAUAAGUGAGCUCACUGCAGUCAACUCUGUCGUCUUCACUGUCAAGGCCAUCGAUGCUGAUGGAGACACCGUCACCUACAUCAUCGACAGAGCCUCGCCUGAUGCCAGCUACUUCAGGAUAGACCUGCCCAACAGUGGUAAAGUAAUCCUGGACAAGCCUUUGGACUAUGAGACCAAAACCAAGCUGCAGCUAGUCAUCUACGCUGUGGAAACCAACACCAAGGAGUGGUACAACACUUCCGCCUCACUGAUUGUGAACGUGGAGGACGGGGACGACCAUUACCCUCAGUUCCUACCGUGCACACCCAUCUCCCAGGACCACGACCACAUGGUUGUCUGCACCAACCCCAUCUACGUGGUCAACAUCACAGAAAAGGACCAGGACAUGUUACUGAAUUUCUCUCCUGGUCCAAUUCAUGCCGAAGACGGAGACAGAAGCCUUGAUACGCCUUUGCUCUACUCCAUUCUCUCAGGUGCUGACAAAAACAGGUUUCAGAUUGACAACCAAACAGCAGAGAUCACAAUGACAAAACGGGUGGAAAACAGACAUAUGACGCCUAUAUUCCGACUGCGCAUCAUGGCAUCUCAGCUGAAUGACCCAAAGAAGUACAGUGUGGCGACAGCGCUGGUCCGGGUGCUAGCAGAGAACCGGUUCCCUCCCCUCUUUAACAGAACCACGUACAAGGGCUUCAUCAUCGAGAGCUCCAGCCCUGCCACGCUAGUCUCCACCUAUGGGAACGAGGUGCUUUUCAUCCAAGCCAUAGACCAGGACUUUGUAGAUGGGGUGAAUCCAAAAAUGCAUUAUUCUCUCCAGCCCACACGAGCCACCACUGGACUGUACCACAUCACAGAGGAAGGGGUUAUCAUCGCUAAGACCGACCGCCUACGAUCCUUCGACAGGCUCAUCCUAGAGGUGGUCGCUAUGGAUGAGGAAUCAGGUGAAGUUGCUAAAGCCUCAGUCGACAUAGAACUGCUACAAAGAAGCCAGCCAAUCCCUUGGUCACCUUUCAGAGACAUGGAUGUGAGGAUAGCUGGCGGUAUCAUGGGUGGGAUGCUGCUGCUGUUAGUGACCACCCUGUUCCUGCUGAUCCGAUGGGCCAAGAGGAGGAGGAGGAGACAGAGACAAAAACCAGCCGGACGAGGGGCUGUCGCCCUGGGGAAACACCUCAAAGUGAGUUUAAGGUGUUUCCAUAUGGUGAACUCGGGCCGGCCCAUGAUCCCCUUGGUCGAGGAGGUCUCCUACCAGAACGAAGGGUUCAGCAUAGACUACGAGGCCUCGGGAGGUUCCGGAAGCCUCUUUGGGAGACAUGGGGUCUACACCAGGAAACAGUCGCUGAUCCCGCCGCCGCCACGCUGCCACAGCAGCCAUCCAGACUGCGGCUCCGGUACCGUAACAGGCGACACGCUGCCUAUACUGGUGACGCCAGAGCCCCUGGUUAAAGACCUCACUACCGCCCUCAUCUCCAACAGCAGGAAAGGUGACAACACCAUCAGCACAGGGGCUGUGACAAAAGACGAGAAGGAGAGGAAUAAGCAGAGGGAUAUGGAGAAAGAGGAGGAGAGGAAUAAGCAGAGGGAUAUGGAGAAAGAGGAGGAGAGGAAUAAGCAGAGGGACAUGGAGAAAGAGGAGGAGAGGAAUAAGCAGAGGGAUAUGGAGAAAGAGGAGGAGAGGAAUAAGCAGAGGGAUAUGGAGAAAGAGGAGGAGAGGAAUAAGCAGAGGGAUAUGGAGAAAGAGGAGGAGAGGAAUAAGCAGAGGGAUAUGGAGAAAGAGGAGGAGAGGAAUAAGCAGAGGGAUAUGGAGAAAGAGGAGGAGAGGAAUAAGCAGAGGGAUAUGGAGAAAGAGGAGGAGAGGGAAUGGGAGAAGCAGUGGGAACGCGCUGUUGGCACAAAAGAGAAGAGAAAGUCCGAGGGGGAAAGGACGGAUAAGCCGAGAGAUGUUUUGGGUGCUUCUAGUGAGACGGCAGACGUAAGCGAGGCCUCCGAGGACCAAACAAACACAGAAAAGCCUCAGAGCCACAGGAUGAAAACACACCAAAUCAGAGAACCCAAAGACGGGCACAAAAGCACUUCUGAAGAGUAGUCUGAGGCAGAAAAAUCAAUAUUAGGCUAUGCACUCUGAUGUGUCUUUCAGACAAUUAUGACACAGCCUCGGAGGACGACCAGGUCCCGUUACUCCAGUAUCAGGACGUCGAGGGGGGAAAUGCAGCGCAAGUGCUCAGCGAAACAAACCAGCGAUAAAGCAAACAGAUGACCGAGUAACCCACAUAUGCACCAUUCAGACUCACACUCUGGGCUUCAGACACACAUUGAAGAUACAAAAUAACUCUAACCAUUUAUUUAAAAAAAAUAAAACGGACAUUAUGGAGCCAAACAAACUCUAUACACAGACAAAAAUGUAUAUAAAUGUUUUUUUCUCUCUCCAAUUCCAUAUAAUUAUGUUGGUGUCACACUCUGACCAUUAUUUGAGUUGUUUGUUUCGUCAGGGUGUGAUAUGAGUGGGCAUUCUAUGUUGCAUGUCUAGUUAGUCUGUUUCUAUGUGUUUUGGCCUGAUAUGGUUCUCAAUCAGUGGCAGGUGUUUGUCGUUGUCUCUGAUGCAUGUUUGCACACAGUAUUAAUAGCGGUCACGUUCGUCUUAUUAUUUUGUUCGUUUGUUUAGUAUUCGUCGUGUUCUUUCAUCUACAUUAAAAGAAUGUAUUCACACCA